UCGUUGAAAGUGAAUAGAAAUAAAAUAGUUAUGGAGGGUAGAAAAGUUUAUAUAAUAGAUACCUCCAUUUAUGUUGAGUCAAGAAAGGAAUAUUUCCACGUCCUGUUCUGUUCUGUUCUGUUCUGUUCGUUUUUCAUAGCCUCUUUGUUGGUAGGAUCACCAUUACUCAUGGACGCUAAACCCUCAACGCCUCUCGUAUCCUUUCUCCAACGUCUUCAACAAACUGCAUUCAACACAUUCACCAAUUCCACCCACUUCGAUCCUAAAACCUACGUCGAUUUACCCCUCAAGUUCCCCCUUUCUAUAACUGACCAAGCCUUCCGGAACCUUCCAAAGUCCUCCAAUGGUUCGGUGUCAGUUGAUGAUUUGAACCUUUUUAUAGAAACUUACUUCGAAGGUGCAGGGGAUGACCUCGUGUACUUCGAUCCAGAGGAUUUCGUACCCGAACCUGAAGAUUUUUUACCCAAAGUGAAACACCCUGAAGUUAGAGCAUGGGCGCUUGAGGUUCAUAAACUUUGGAAAAACUUGAGUAGGAAAAUAUCCUCUCAAGUGACGGCACACCCUAACUACCAUACUCUGCUUCCUCUUCCUGAUUCUGUUGUUAUUCCUGGUUCGCGAUUUCGUGAAGUUUAUUACUGGGAUUCCUACUGGGUGAUUAGGGGGUUGUUGGCGAGUAAAAUGUAUAAGACAGCUAAAUCUAUUGUCACCAAUCUCCUUUCCUUAAUUGAGGAAUAUGGAUUUGUUCUUAAUGGUGCCAGAGUAUACUACACUAACAGGAGCCAGCCUCCCCUUUUAAGCGCUAUGAUUUAUGAGAUAUACUGUAGCACUGGUGAUGUAGAAUUAGUCAAAAGAUCUCUACCUGCACUUCUGAAAGAGUAUGAGUUUUGGAAUUCAGACAUACAUAAAGUGACCAUUUCGGACGCACAAGGUUGCACUCACACAUUAAAUCGCUAUUAUGCAAUGUGGAACAAACCCAGACCAGAAUCGUCCACAAUGGACAAGGCAUCUGCUUCCAAGUUUCCGACUGAAUCAGAAAAACAACAUUUUUAUCGUGAACUAGCAUCAGCUGCUGAAUCAGGAUGGGAUUUCAGCACAAGAUGGAUGAGACACCCUCCCAACUUCACAACAUUGUCUACAACAUCAGUGAUACCUGUUGAUUUAAAUGCAUUUCUACUUGGGAUGGAACUUAAUAUUGCUUUCUUUGCAAAAGUUACUGGAGAUAAUAGCACUGCCAAACACUUCCUGCAAAUUUCUGAUGUUAGAACAAAGGCAAUGAAUUCUGUUUUCUGGAAUGCAAACAUGAAACAAUGGCUUGAUUGCUGGCUCAGCAAUACCACAUCUGAGGUUCACGUUUUGGAUACACUGCACCAGAAUCAAAAUGUAUUUGCUUCCAAUUUUGUUCCUUUGUGGAUGAAGCCAUUUUACUCAGAUGCUUUGCUUGUGGGUGAUGUUCUUGAAAGUCUCAAAACUUCUGGCCUGCUUCGUGCUGCUGGAGUUGCAACUUCUCUGAGUGAUUCAGGACAGCAGUGGGACUUUCCGAAUGGUUGGGCUCCACUUCAACACAUGUUAGUUGAAGGCCUGUUAAAAUCAGGGUUGGAAGAAGCAAGAUCAUUGGCUGAAGAAAUUGCCAUAAGAUGGAUCACAACCAAUUAUGUUGUUUACAAGAAAACGAAUGUAAUGCAUGAAAAGUAUGACGUGGAGCAUUGCGGAGAAUUUGGAGGUGGUGGUGAAUAUGUACCCCAGACUGGUUUUGGCUGGUCGAAUGGUGUUGUGUUGGCAUUCUUGGAGGAAUUUGGAUGGCCUGAAGAUCGUAAAAUCGAAUGCUGAUGUGCUCAACAAAAUGAAAGGUAGAAUAAGUUUUGAAUGGUGCAAGAAAACCUAUUAAUAAAUGCCUGAAAAGCUCCUUGUUAAAGCUAACAAAAUAUACAAUACUUAAUUCCUAAAAAUAUUUUCAAUAUUUGAUGAUUUUUUUAGAAGUUACAGUGUGUUUAGAGAAUAUGGAAAGUGAUUGGUGGCAUCACAUAUUCACAUAUCAAUGCUUUAUCGCAAAUGAUUGCGUUAGUGAAUAUAUUCCACUAAAGUGCUCCAUUGGUGGGAUUCUUUUUUGUAAUAAGCUAAGAUAUAUUAAUAGAGUUAUUCAAAGCAAAA